AUGUCAACAACUACACCAACUACAGCUACUACAUCAUCAUCAAAAUCACCAUGGGUAUCAUUUUUCAGUGGUGGUAUGGCUGGUGUUACUGCAAAAUCAGCUAUUGCUCCCCUUGAAAGAGUUAAAAUUUUAUAUCAAAUUAAAAGUGAAUUAUAUUCAAUAAAUUCAAUUUUUGGAUCAAUCAGUAAAAUUGUUGAAAAUGAAGGUAUUAAAGGUUUAUGGAGAGGUAAUUCAGCAACUAUUUUAAGAGUAUUCCCAUAUGCAGCUGUUCAAUUUCUUUCAUAUGAUUCAAUUAGAAAACAUUUAAUCACCGAUCAAAAAUCAUCAUUCCAAUCAUUUUUAGCUGGUAGUAGUGCAGGUGGUAUCUCUGUUAUAGCAACUUACCCAUUAGAUCUUACUCGUGCUAGAUUAGCAAUUGAAAUCGAUAGAACCAAAUAUAAUAAACCACAUCAAUUAUUAAUUAAAACUUUUAGAGCUGAAGGCUUUAAAGGAAUAUAUAGAGGUAUUCAGCCAACUUUAAUAGGUAUUCUUCCAUAUGGUGGUUUUAGUUUUUCAACUUUUGAAUAUUUAAAAAAGAACGCACCAGCUCAAUUUGUUGAUGAAAAUGGUUCAAUCAAUGGUACAUAUAAAUUAGUUGCAGGUGGUGUUGCAGGUGGUGUUGCUCAAACUGUUAGUUAUCCAUUAGAUACUGUCAGAAGAAGAAUGCAAACUCAUGGCUUUGGUGAUGCUAAAGCCGAAAUCAAUUUAGAACAUGGUACACUAAGAUCAAUUUACAACAUUUUCAAAAAUGAAGGUAUUUUCGCUUUAUAUAAAGGUUUAAGUAUAAAUUACAUAAAGGUUAUUCCAACUACAUCAAUUGCUUUCUACUCUUACGAAUUCUUUUCUGGAAUAUUAUCCAAAGGCAUUUAA